CACAACGCUACACAAAGCACCACGGUCAGCGACGUCUCCACGUCUGUAAGUCGCACCGCCAACUUCGACUUGCCACCAAGUCAAAAUACGAGCAUGUGAUAUAAUAACGCGCCACAAUACGUAGUGUUUGUUUAAGUGAAUUUAGAGGUUACCAAAAUGUACAAGACAGUGCGACACGGAGAAAACAGCCUCCAGUACACCAUUCUUCCGCAAACAGAGGAAGUGCUCAACAACAGUGGACUGAAAGGCAAAGGGCGAGACUAUAGCCCGUCUAUACACGUACGGCGAUCUCGCAGAAGAUCCACCGUUAAAUAUGUUUUAUUGGUAUUAUUUGGUAUAAUAGUGGCGCUUGCUUUAGCAGCGGUGCCACUCUACGUUAUGAACGGACCUCUAUACACACGAAAAAACCAUCAAGAUAGCCACGAAAUCAUCACUAAUUCGCCUUUAACUCCGACGGGACGGGAGAUGUUGAAGUCUCGCAAGAAGGAGCUUAAAAUCACUAUUGACAAUUUAUUAACUACGGAAGCAAAAACGGACACAAGAUCGACGACGACAUCUAGUACUACUACAACCACAACAGCGACGAGCGUCACCAGUGACAGACCGACUACGCCGCCAUGGACUAUGCCGGCACUGAGAUCGUGGAAGAGCUCCACAUCUUCCACGACCAAACAGCCGGUUCCAACCGAGGACAACGAGAAAAUACCUCUGAUCGGCACACCAUCCGGUAGCAUACGAUUGUUAGACCACUACAUGUCCGCAAAACCAUGGGAAGACAUUAUAAUAAGGCCAACAGUGAAGCAAGAACCCAUAACAAUUCGGAAUGCUUUCCGGCAGUAUUCACGAAUUCCAUACUUACGACCACAAAUUCCACAACAAUUAAACAAGAAAGUGUUUGAAGAUGUACUAAUUACUACUAAGGCUACGACUACAUCGCGAUCUGUUACCACUGAACUUUCUAUUACGGAGAACUCGAAAUUAAAGAAUUUGAAGGAUACUCUGUUGUCCGUUGAUGAUGAUGAUGAAUUCAAGGAAUCUCUAGAAGUAGACGAAGUGUUUUCGUUGCCUCCUUUGAAACCAGACUUAGCAGCGCCUAGUGAUUCUGAUGAAGUGACAGUGUUGAAGGCAGGCGACGGUGCCUGGUACGGAGCACGGUGGCCGUUCGUCGAUACAUCUUCUUACUUCCAAUGGACGGGCUACUCUCCGGGCGACAACCUACUGUUGCCAUUGUUGGUGGCAGCCUUAUCGUCCAUCGGAUUGGUGUUACUGUUAGCGCUAGCAGUGCGACGGCGCAAAAGGUCGCACGUCGCCUCAGCACAAAUUGGGAAGUUGACAGCCGAUCUGCAAGCCGACGAUAAUACGAACUUGCUGACUGCAGAGAAUCCUGACGAUGCAGACGAGUAAGCAAGAACAGCCCCACGGCUUUUGCUCCCACACUUCUAAUGCAAAUGUCUCUUGUAAGCUGAAUAAAGAAGCUUGCACUAUCAUGAAAGAAUGUACCCUAAUUUGUUUGUACAAGCUCCGUACCACCGUGUCGUUUUAAGAUCUUCUACAUUAUGCUGAUUAAAGUUUUUGAAUAAAUAAUGUUUAGAGUACUUAGAUCACUUCCCUAAAAAGCUUUUAUAACCUACAAGGGUUUGAAGAAAAAAAACCCUAACAAAACCGCGAGUGAUGUGCAUUCGUGGCACCUUGUAAUAAUUUAUUCGCCGUAUGAUAAGUCGGACACUGCGCACAAGGGCUGCUUGUAUUCGCCUUCUAAUCUAACCAAUCAUACUUCACAUUUCAGUGCCUAUUCUUUGUAUUAUAUCAAGUAUGAUUUAACAUGCCGCACUCUGUACGCGCGCCUAGGAAUUCUCAGUUCAGAGAUACGAUAUUAGUAUAUUUUGUAACCACACUUAGAUAUUCGACUAUAAUUAGGUAACACACAUGUCGAAUGCCAAAUACGCUAAAAUAUUUUUGUUAUCAUAUAUAUAUAUAUAUAUUCGUAUUAAACGUCCUUGCAAUCGAAAUGAUAUUAGAAUAGAAUAAUCAUGAGCUUGCUAGUUAAAACAAAGAAUAUACAAGCGUAUAUUCCGUUCAUUACAAUAGUUUCAAAAUGUGAUUGGCCUCUUUAUGUCACGUAUGGCAGCUUCCCACGAUGCGUAGUAUUAUCGAUCGUCUCGCACGAGCUAGCGCCCGCGCACUAAGGCAAGAGGACUGUCCGUGGUAACACCGACACGCCAAAAUGGGCCGUGCGAGGAUCUGUAAUUUCCCGGGCCGUUUAUGGCCGUCUUUAGAAAUGUUGAGUUAUAUUAUAAACCUAUAAAAAUUAACCUAGUGUAUUUUUGCUAUUUGUAUUUUAUAUUCCUUGACCACAUUUAUGUAAAAUUCCCCUUUAAAGUAGCAUUCCAUGCUAUAUCAUAUCUCUGAAAGUUCAAUGUAGACUCGUCAGUAUUAUAAAAAAACCUGUGGUAUAAAAAUCUACUUAAGCGUAUUUAUUUUUGUGUAGUCUAAACGUUAGGUUAGGAUAAAUAUCAAAUCUUGAUGUAUUUCAAUGUCACAUUUAUCUUAAUACAAUUCAAUUAUACAUUUUAUACUUUAUGUUGUAAUGUUCUGUGUUAACUAGUCAUUGUCUUUAUUUGUGUAUAGAUAUAAGACUGAUAUAGGAUUGUUUAAAUUAUUUUAUGAUUCCAUUUGGUAGUAUUUGAAUAGUCUUAUAAUAUUUUCUUUUUAAUAUAACGGCACUAGUCACUUAAUAUAAAGCCCGAGAAUUAUUUUUGCGUGCCCAUAUUUCGAUGUUAAUCAUUAUGAUAUAUAUGUACUUAAUAUAAAAUCAAUGUACAGCUAAUAUGUCGUAGUCAUAUAACAAUGUUUUGCUUAAUUAAGCAUUACAUUACAUACAGUAUAUAAGUCGUACCAUAUAGUUAGAGAGUGCAUCGUGGUGAACUCUAAGGUAAUGAAUACCAAGGCGGGCCGUUUAAUGUAGUAGCUUAAGGAUAGGCAUCUUUAAAAUAUAAUGUUGCCGAAGCAAAAACUGGAGCUUUUAAUGUGGUGCUAAAAGGAAUUUCAGUAGCAGUAGAGCUCCUUGUGAAAGAGUUCCUCUCGGGAAGAAGAAGGAAGAAGGAACUGCCACCUUACCUAUUUCUGCCGCCAAGCAGUAAUGUGAGCAUUACUGCGUUCCGGUUUUGAAGGGUAAGGGGCUGGGGAAAUUACAGGCACAUGGGACUUU